AUGAAUUGAAAUUGGUCUCGUCCGCGCUGUCGUCGUUGGAUUUUUUUAAACCCAAAGAGUAGUGUGUUUCAUUAGCCAAAAGAAAGCAUCCUCUCAAGGGCCAGUGAAUUAGCCAUAUAUACACAUUAUUAUCGGCGUUGGCCCCGCAGUGGACAGUGUUUUUUUUAACACACUUGUGACGGCAACUAAAAGUGAAGUACUAUACUGGUUUUGAUGUGUUUACAGUUGCGAGGAAAACAACAAUCGCUGGUCGAUUUCGGGUGGAAAUACGGUGCAAGAGACAUACAAUUUUAAGUUUUCUUCCUUGAAUUUUGGAGGACCAGAUCGGGUACGGAAGAAAACGGAACAAGAAGACGAAGCAGACAGAGCAAGCACCAGCAACGGCAGAGAAGGAGAAGUUUGGUUUUUCUCUCGCUCCCGCACGCUUUCAAGUGCUGUUUUCGGUUCCUUCUCUCGGGUCGCAGCAGGAAAAUAUGUGUGUUUUUACGUAAAUUUUUUCGGUGUGCCCUUGCACGAGAAGAGCCUAGGCCUUCUUUGCUGAGCCCUCGCGAGUGGUUGAAUGAAUGGAGAAUUUCUACUAGAAGAAAAUAAUCAAAGUGCUAUUUUGCUCUUUCUCCUGGUUGUUGUGUUGUAUCGCCGAUGGUUGCUGCGUGGAAAGCGCUGCCUGCCCCGAUGCCGAUCGCUCGAGGUGCAAAUGAUUUAUGAGAAGGAACGAGCGAAAGGAAUUAGAUGAAAAAAAAGUAUGGUCGAAACAAAAUAUUGAGUGAUUCUUUACAAGUCGCGACACCCGCGAGCGCUAUGAGAUGUGCUGUCGGUGAAUGUGUUUCGGUGUAUUUAUAUUUUUGCGUCUGCGGCGGGGAAGAAAAAUGAAAAAUUGUCUCUGAUCAAUUACCCAUCACGGCACUGUUCUAGUGGGAGGUUGAGUAGUUGUGGAAGAAGUUUCCGUGGACGGGGGCUAGCGGGAGAGAAAGUGCGAGCGAAGAGUGCGCACACUGUGGUUUUCAAAUAGCUCGAUAAUUGAGAGGAAGAAGAAGAAGACGAGGGAAGUGUUUGAAAGCGGAGAAUCUGGUCGAAGUGAAGAAGCAGUAGAAACGUACACACAAGAAUCAUUUGCCGUAAGGGAAGAAGCAUAGGUUUCUCCAGAAGUGUGUGGUGGGAAGAAAAAUGUAAAUGAACAAUCAAUAUCUUCUCUGGUACGUUAAAGUCGGGAAGUUGUUGGCUCUUCGGGGUCCAAGUCCUAGUCAGUGAGUGAACCGCAGGAAAAAAUUACUACCAUUACGGUUUAUUGCCAUACUAUAUACUAAGGCAAAAAGUGAGAAAUAAUAUUUUGAUUUUUUUCCGAAUGUUUCACUGCUACCGAGCAGAGUGCGAAACGGGGAUAUACGCAAUCUAGAGGAUUAUUCAUUAAUCACGAAGACACAAGUAAAUAGCUGACAAAGCCCGGAAUAGAUUUGUUUCCUUCGCCAGACUGAUGAGUGAGUCGGAGAAUUUGGUUGCGUGUUUCGGACGACGCAGCAGAUUAGUGUGUUGAAGUGGUGAAACUCGUCCGAAACCAACAUAUUCCGAAGGGACAGACAGAUAGACAAACCGAGAAACAACAACGGAAAACAGACACUGACAAUGUAAGUGGCUAAUGGUGCUACUUCUUGGCUUUUUGUGGUCUGCUUUUCUGGAUUCAUCGUUGUCAUCGUCGUCGUCUUCACCGAUGUUAUAUUGAACGAGUUCGACAUCGGUUCAGACUGGCGAGUAGACAGAGUCAACCAGUUCCAAAGUUGGAAAGCUGAGAAAGCCGAUCGGGAUAGGAGAGAAGAGACACAUAUACACGCAAGAAGUGAUCAGUUUUAGUGGUUGAAUGAUAAUUUAAAUAAAAUAGAGAUCUUAACAAUUGGAAGAAGCCACAGGCAAUAUUUUAUACUUAACAGAAUUGACCAACGGAAGAUUGCUGGGACGGCAGACCAUGCGAAAAAGAUGAACAAGUACAGCAGAAAGAAGAUCAAAGGUGACGUCACCGAGGUGAACCGUCACCACCAACGACAAACUGCCACCAAUAGCAUAACGACGAAGCGACGAAAAUAUCGGCUACUAAACACGCGACUAAAGCUGCUGCCCAGCGUUCAGACAUGUUCGUAUCUAACCCUGGGUCUGAUUGUGUGCAUUCAACUGCUGAUGAUGUCCACCGUGUUGCACUGUGCCAAAACCUUCUACAUGCACUGGAAUACGACGAACAGCAUAUUCCGGAUCGACAACACGGAUCACAUCAUCGAUGUGAAUAAGGGCAAUUCGGCCUUCGAGUACGAUCAGGUUCAUAUCAUCUGUCCGGUGUACGAGCCGGGAACCUUUGACAACGAGACGGAGAAGUACAUCAUCUACAAUGUGUCGAAGGUGGAAUAUGAAACGUGCCGGAUCACGAACCACGAUCCACGCAUCAUCGCGAUCUGCGAUAAACCGAACAAACUGAUGUUCUUCACUAUCACAUUCCGGCCAUUUACACCGCAACCCGGUGGUCUAGAGUUCCUACCAGGGAAUGAUUACUACUUCAUCUCGACCUCGUCCAAGGACGACCUCCACCGGAGGAUAGGCGGCCGAUGUUCUACCAACAACAUGAAGGUAGUAUUCAAGGUAUGCUGUGCCGACGAUCAGCACCCGCAUCCAAACAUAACGUCUAGUAAUAAUAAUAUUCCUUCGUCGACGUCGAUCGACGGUGGCAGUUCACCGGGUGGCAACGGCAGCCCGGUCAGUGGUAGCAGCGGUGUAUCGAUCAACACCAACGCUAGCGGUUCGAUGGAUGGUUUCGAUCCGUCGACGAGGCUACUGCCGUCUUCGACGGUGAAUAGCAGCCAGGGCAACAUCGUGCAGAGCACGGUUAACUGGCCGGUGUGGAACGGUGGCCAACAGCGACCAGUUCCGUCGACUCCAUCGGUCAACAACAAUAAUGGCGGAAACGGUCGACACCAGCAUCACUACACCCAAUCGCCGCCGAGGACGGCGAUUAACAACUACAACUACGGUGGCGGCAACAGUGGAAGCGGCUCUGGUGCUUAUAGUAAUAGUAAUAAUUAUAAUAAUAACAACAAUCCACCGUCCAAUGCACAUCAGAACAAUAAGCCGACGAAGAAGACGAACGAGUACGACAAACACCCGAACGAGGUCGUCAAGAACGAGGAACUCACCUACAACAACGCGGCCACGAGGACUAACCCCCGAGGUUUGCUAGGAUUAAUAGUAUUAGCGAUCUGUCUGCAUCUGCUGCCGUUGCUUUGUUCUCGCAGCAGCAGCAGUAGGCUAGGGGUAGCAGGGUUGCCAAAUUCGUUGCCAUUAACAAGAUAGCACGGAAGCAGAUUCCUUACGCGAUGCUAAUCAUGACACACUAACACACACCCAUAUAUACGAAAAAGUACACACAUACAAGAAGACACAUUUGUAAUACGAGACUCUUGGAUCUGUUUUAAUGAUUAUUAUUUGCUAGCUGGAGAAAGGGAGGGGAUCGUUCCCAACUCCACCCACGAAACAUUCAACGAUACUUGUAAAACAAGCAGGAGUCGAAGGCGUAAGUUGUAUCCUUGUUCGUACAUAGAGAGAGAGCAAAACCGAAAACAAAUAUCUAAUAGUCCUUAUAGUGUGUAGUAGUGAGUGAUAUUAAUUUAAAGAAACAGAAAAAAACAACACACAACAUGGAAGAAAUCACACAUUUUAAUAGAGGUAAACCGAAGACUGAGAGAUUUGACAGCGAGCGAAAUGAAAAUUUGGACGACAUGACUGACCACCAAAAAAAAAAAAAACAUCCUGUUUCACGAAAAUAAAAAAAAAAUGACCGGGAAUCCGUUCCGAUUGUUGAUCCCGUAUUUCGCAAUUAGCGUGUAUAGUUUCCAAGGAUCAUCGCACCUGAUGCAAAUUGCAAUCGGCGUCCUUUGAACGAUUCUUGGACCCGGGAACUUUUCGCCCAACAACGUUUUUCAAAAGAUUUUUGGCAUUUCAAUUUCAGCCGGCGUACAACCAGACUGCUUCAAAAGAAGCAGUCGCUCGUACACUCGAGCAGACUCCGGCAGCCGACAAUGAUGAUUUCGGCUGCAAUUUUGCAAUUAGAAUUGCGGCUCCUGUACCGUGCUCUAACAGCGGUGGUUGGUCUCUCUAUUCGGACAGGUUGCCAGAUUAAAAUUUGUGAUACCGUGGAAAUAGCAAGCGCGGGGGAGAUGGAAGUCACACUGUAAGUAGUGCAGAGCUUGCUGUGUGUGUACGCUAUGAUACGGCAUGCAUGAGAGGGAUUUAAAUUUUUCGGAUAUAUGCGCUUUCUUUUGUUUUGAAACUAUUUUUUGUUAUAGUUUUUUUUCGUGUUGGUUUGGAAUGGGUUGCUGCGAUUACGUUGAAGGUAGGCUGCCUGUCUGUCUGGCUGACGGUUCCGGUAUCCGGGCAUCUAGCCAUCAGUUGGUUUGGUUGCCUAUCAGUCAGCUAUGAUGGUAAGCGGUGGGUACCACGCUCUCCACGUGUGUUAUCAAGUUUAUGAGUGGCUGAACUUCCGUGUUCUCUCCACCGCUGCAGGCAUGUUUCGGCAUGUGGAGUGUUUUUAUGUGUGUGGGUGAUGUGCGUUUUUUUCGGGGCCCAUGUAAAGUUUUAGGUUGGGAAAUUUUUGAAUUAGUUGGUCCAAAAUUAUAAUUGUUCGAUUGAUACUCUUUUGUGUCGUUUAUCAGGGGUUCUUCUCUAUGGACAGGAUCUUAUUUUACCGGAUGAGCAAAAUGCAAACUGGUCGAAAAUGACUCCAAACAAACGGUUUGACUGCAGUUAGGUUUCUCAAGAAAUUUUUUUGGUUAAUUUUGCAUUGUUAAAGAAAACUGCCCGCAUGAAAAACGGGAAGUAAAGUGGAAGAAAACUAUUUACCUUCAAGAUAGUAACAAAAAAAAAGAUAGAUACUCCAAAAUAAUUUUACAUUUUCAUUUCAGAACCAGUAUAAAAUCACUUCUUGGAACAUGUGCAUUUUCGAAAUAAGGGCAAAUUCUUGCCAAACGUCAACUUAUAUUUGUCACAAUUUGAUGAGUUGUUUGAAUAUUCUAAAAUUGGAGAAUUACGAGCCCUAGCCUAGAAGUACAGCAAACAC